AUGGCGGGAAUCGGAGCCGAAGAACGUUUAUGGGCAGGAAUUGGAGACGAAUACCAGCACGAGAGUUCUGAGCCAUCGAGAUGGAGAAGCUAUUUUGGGUUUUAUGGGGCAGUUGGUUUGGCGGUAUGUGUCCUCCCGGGUAUGGCUUCUGAAGGAAAUAUUCAUGAGUUAAUUGUGUUGGCAAGCAUAGUCGAGCUAGGAGACGAAAGAGAAUGUGCUGAGGAUGUGACUGCUUGGGUAGGCGGCGUCAAAUUCGAGACGUCCCUAGUGCCUAAAAUACGAGAAGGCUCAAGAACAAGAGGACCUCCAGAAGUACGACAAGAGCGACACUAUCAUCAGCCCGAGUCUAUUCAAGUCGAAGUUUGCAUCGAGUGUCGGGCCGAGCUACAUAUCGGCCAAGACGAGAAUCGGAAAGCGCCAAUAAAGCUGUGA